AGCUAUAUUAGAAGACGUUCCUGGAUUUGAGAAUUUUUCUUCUAAACCACCUGAUAGGUUUUUAAGGAGAACUAGAUGUGUAUCUAGUACCUCAUCUACACCACCCCCGAAAAGAAGUAAGAAAGUUGAUUUGGCCAAACAAAAAAGUAGUGCAAUGGAACAACUAGAACAGUCUCUCGUGAUACAAAAAGAGUCAUUCUCUAUUCCAGAAUCUUUUGGUAAUGUUCCUGAUCUUCAUGGUCCUUCAUCUGAUCCUAAAGAAAAGAAAGAUAUUACAGAUAUCGAAGAAGUUAAGCAAUAUCUGAAGGAAUAUGUUGACAAAAAGUUUGAUGAUUUAGAAGUCUUAAUAAAAAAUAAUCACACAGAUAUGAUGAAAGUAGUUCAGAAGCUAAAACAUAAGAAAAUUUCUGUCAGAUCGAUUCCAAUCACGGAGGAAGAGUUAAUCCAAGAAGCCAAUGUUAAUCAACCCCAAACUACUGAUCAAUUUGUUGAACAACCAAGGUAUCCAAUUGAUAUGGAGUUUGCCAACAACAACCUCGUCGAUAAUGCUGAUAUAGAGGCUGAAGAACAAACACACGUAUAACAACACGAGGUCAGAGAGGGUCCAACGAUAUCAACUUCCAUCCCCGUGUCUAGGAUCAUAGUAGAGCAAGAUUUGAAGAUUGGUGAGUUCUCAUAGCAUUUGAGGAUUUGACCAUCAUUUUUUUAUGACUUGCAUUUUAUGUUUGAACUAUUGCAUGGGCUAUGUCCCAAAGAUAUUCAUGUUUUAGAUGGU